CAAUGUGCUUUGGUGACUUACCUCCUUUCAUAAUAAAAGUUGUAGACCUCAUCGCUACUGUAACUGACCUUUUCCCCGAGGAAAUCCUCAAGAGAAGACCUUUAUUUGAUCAGGCGUGUGUUAAACUGUCAUGCUUUCCAUGCGAGGGAAUUAAUUUCCACGUCGACCUGCCAAGGUUCGAGGAUGGAAUCGUGGUCAUAUCAUUAUUGUCGAGUUGCGUGAUGCAAUUCAGGCCCUCAAGUACAAUUGAUGCGACAGCGGGAUACGCAACUAAAGCUAACGAAUCCGCGAGUGAUGAUACGAUUUCGGUCAUUCUACGACCUGGGGAUGUGUUGACCAUGAGUGGUUCCGCUAG